AUGGAUAUUCUCAGCAUAUCAAAAUCAAGUCAACUCACAUAUAACGAUGCUGAAGAAUCGGACUCUGAUAUAGAACUACUAUCAGAUCACGAAGAGCAAAAAGUUCAAACUGAUGAAAAUGGUUUGAAAAAAUCUGUUGUUACACCUGGUGAGCUAGUUACAGAUGAUCCAAUUUGGAUGAGAGGUCAUGGUACUUAUUAUUUGGAUAAUCAUACCUAUAGUUCAGUUGCAGGAACCAUUACUAGAACUAAUAGAUUGUUGAGUGUUACACCGAUACGGGGAAGAUAUCAACCAGAAACUGGUGAUCAUGUUGUUGGAAGAAUUACAGAAGUUGGUCAAAGAAGAUGGAAAGUUGAUAUAGGAGCUAAACAAGAUGCUGUUCUAAUGUUGGGUUCUGUGAAUUUGCCAGGUGGUGUUCUUAGAAGAAAAUCUGAAAGUGAUGAAUUACAAAUGAGAAAUUUCUUAAAAGAAGGUGAUUUACUCAAUGCUGAAGUGCAGUCACUUUAUCAAGAUGGUUCAGCUUCAUUACAUACAAGAUCUUUGAAGUAUGGUAAAUUAAGAAAUGGUAUUUUUUUGAAAGUUCCAAGUUCUUUAAUUGUUAGAGCUAAAAACCAUUCACAUCAAUUACCAGGUAAUGUAAGCAUAAUUAUCGGUGUCAAUGGCUACAUAUGGUUGAGAAAAACUACCGAAGAUUUGUUGACAAAUAAUAAUUCCAGCACUAUAGGGAAGAAUGCAACAGCUGUCAACUCUAAAGGUCAGUAUAAUCCAGGUGCUGGUUCAGUGUCAAUCACAAGAUUAGAAGAAGAAAGUUCUUGGGAGAUAUACAGUGACACCAAUGAUCAAAUCUCUUCGAGUAUAAGAAACACAAUCACAAGAUAUUCAAAUUGUAUAAAAGCAUUAGCAUUUUGUGAGUUGGGUAUAACGGAAUCAAGAAUUGUCAGUGCUUAUGAAGCUAGUAUGCAAUAUGAAAAUGCUGGACAAUUGGUGGAUAUUGAAGUUAUGGAAUCCUUGGGACAAGGUAUCAUUACAGCUGAAAAAUAUAGAGGCAAUUGA